UCAGAUCAUGGGUCACCCCUAUUUGUCCCUCCUUCACUCUUCCUCCCUCCCUUUAUAGGCCCCACUUCUCCUUCUCCCUCCUCUGUUCUCCUCCUCCUCCAACGUUUUCUAAUCCCACCAUUUCCCUCCUCCAUGGACAAGACAGAAAGAGAGACUCAUGACUUCAUGAACGUAGAAUCCUUCUCCCAGCUCCCCUUCAUCCGCCCCCCACCUAAUAUCAAAGAAAGGAGCGGCAUCCGCCUUUUUGGCAUAGAUUUCAGCGGCGGCAGUGGUGGUGGUGACGUGGCAGCCACGGCAAGCAACGAGUCAGGGGAGAGUAAUGAAGAUGGAACCUUGAAGGAGAGCGACAACGCAGAAAAGUCACGGCGGUUUGAAUGCCACUACUGCUGCCGAAGCUUUCCAACUUCCCAAGCCUUAGGCGGACACCAGAACGCCCACAAACGGGAACGCCAGCAUGCCAAGCGAGCGCACCUUCAGUCUGCAAUGGUGCAUAACUCCCUCUCUGAUGCCCACAUCUACGGCUUCGUCAACUACAGGCUAAGCUCUGCCGCUGGGCCCGCUUCGAUGGCCACGACUUAUCCGUCAUGGAACAGCAACAUUAGUGCAAGCAACAGGUUUUACGGUCGCCACAGCUCAAAUAACUCUCAAACACCAAUCAACGGAAGUCCGUUAAGAGUAUGGCGAAUCCCCACCGUUCAAAGCAGCGGCAGUUUCAACCGUGACCGUUCCUCGCAUCCCAUGCCUUUGUUUGCUGGAGACGAACUGAAGCCGCCAGCGAUUGGUGGUUCCAGUUCUCAAAUUCGGUACGUCUACGACUCGAAGCCUAAGGAUCAAGUGAGCUUGGAUCUACAUCUGUAAUAAUUCGGUAACUUCGUUAUAUAGAGCUAAAAAUUCGAGAAUUUAAUUUCUUUAGCUGUUGUCUAUUCCCAAAAAAAGGGUAUUUCUGAGGAUCUCCUUCCUGCAAACCAAAGGAAAAAUAACACACUAAAAUGCUUUCAUCUCCUUUUUUUUAGUUUCUAAUUUCUUUACAAUUCAAAUAUGGGAUUUCCAAUUUCGAUGUCUCGAGCUCUAACAAUUAGGACAUCUCGAAACAAGAUAAAUUAUUGAUCUGUAU